AUGCAGGACUGGGCCCGUACUUUUCCACGACCACGACACUCUCGAGUUAUGAAGCCCAGGAGUGCAGGCAAUAGCCCAUCGACAAUGACUAGGAGAAGGACAAGUGCCGCUCAGGGUGUUAUGCAUGGGUCUUCCAAUCAAUAUCAAAAUUCGCUGGAGGCCGCUCUCCUUGCCUCAGCAGUCCGCAACCCUCGCCCUAUCAGCUGGCACCCAUCUUCCGCUAGGAGUAGAGGCCUUUCUAACCCUGCCUGUGUUCCUGAAUUCUCCCCAGAGCAGUAUGCCGCCAUGGGCACCAUGCACGACCAAACUCUCAACAUGAACGCUCUCUCUGUCUACGGUAGUGAUAGUAUGCUCUCAUAUCCCUUGUCUGCCGGCGCUGCAGUAUCACCCGACAGUUACAUUCCAUUCUACCUGGAUUCGCAAGACCCCAUGUCUCUGCCUCAACAAACCCCAACGCUUUCAAUUCCCAACUCGCAGGUCGAGCCAAUGGCAUGGGACACCACAAACCAGGUCGACAUGUCGGCCAUCUCUUCCGAUGGUUGGUCCCUCGACAUGCUCUCAAUGGCGAACAUUCCCCCACCAGUAACUACAUGUCCCAGUUACGCCAGCGAAAAGAAGGACAGCAAGCCCGAGGAAGAACUGGUCGGCAUGGGCCUGUACAGCCAACCAGAUGGCACUUGCAGCCAAUCACAUCAGCAGGGCCUUCUGGGCAAGGGAUUGAAAUUGGAGGAGACUUUCUCUCCAUCCGAUGACGAAAAGGACGAGGGAUCUCAGGAUGACAACGAUGAUACGAAUGAGCCGGAGCCCGUUCCACAACAGACUCUACCCCAGCAACAUGCAUCAAUGUCGCACCAGUCCAACUUUUCGAUGCCUCAGCAUGUGAAGCCGGCUUUGAACUUGCUCCACAAGUCUUUCUUCUUCGACCACGACGAUCUUGAUCAGCAGGCCAUGCCUUCUGCGCAGCCUUUCCCGGGCCUAAACCAAUCGUGUAUGAGCUAUGGCUAUGGGUGGAUUUGA